AUGGAUAUCACGGGUUAUGCAUACAUUGUUGGCGGAGGAAGCGGCAUAGGCAAGGAUACUGCCCUGGCAUUUGCUAAGGAGGGCGCCGCCGGAGUUGCCAUUUCCGAUAUCAAUCUGGACGCGGCAAAUGAGGCCAUGAAAGAGGCAAAAGCCGUUGCCACAAAUCCUAACUUUCGCGAGCUCUCCCUCCAUGUUGACGUUACAAAUGAGGAUUCCGUUGAUGUAGGCACUCGCCAAGUAGUGGAUCUGUUUGGCCGCAUCGACUAUUGUCUUAUCUCGGCAGGAAUUGGAAUCCCUGGGGCAAAAUGCACGAGUGAGGUCGAUGCAGGCUUAUUCAAGCGGAUCAUGGAUGUCAAUGUGACAGGAUCCUUCCUCGUCACCAAGUCUGUGGGCAAUGUCAUGAAGUCCCAGACACCCACACCCACUAGUAUUGUCAAGAAGGAGCGUGCCGUGACGCGAGGCACCAUUGUACACAUGGGAUCUUCAGCAUCCUACACUGCGGGCCCUGGAAGAUGCCCCUACGUGGUAUCCAAGCAUGCUGUUCUUGGCCUAAGUAGAGUUGCGGCCAUCGAUUUGGUUAAGUAUGGGGUUAGAGUGAACUGCUUGUGCCCUGGAUGGGUGGAAACACCUCUCAUCGAGGAUAAGAAGGUUGGGUUGGUUAACGCGGUCAAGAAUUUGGCCCCGCUGGGUCGGCUUGCCCUAACGGAAGAGACUGCCGAUGCUGUCCUGUACCUGUGUAGCCCUAGAUCUAGCUAUGUGAACGGCUGCGGACUUGUCAUGGAUGGGGGAACGACGGUCCUUGAGCCCACCAAGGCAAGCAUCGGCUACGCCAACCACGACUUCCCCAUUGCCGGGCUCAGGCGUGUUCAGCGCAAUAUCACGACCUUUGAUAAGGAGGGGAAAUCUGUCUUCCUCAGCGCCGAUGGCGGAGAUCACCAGCAUGUCAUGGGUGAUAAACAAGCCAUUCAAAUGAUCAUGUACUCAACACGAGAGACGCCUGUCAAUCUCAAUGGCGAUGUCGACGUUGAGAAAGCUGCUGAAAAGAGGCCUCCUGUCUUUUAUCCCAACGGGACAGUCCUUCGCAUGAUUGAUUUUGCUCCUGAUGUUGAAGGCCCCAUGCACCGAGUCAUGGCGUUGGUCUACGGUGUUAUUCUAGAAGGGAUCUUUGAGCUAACUCUAGACUCGGGAGAGAAGAAGAUCCUGCGGGAAGGAGACAUCAUCGUCCAGCGAGCGGCUGCUCACAAAUGGAAAAAUAUCACCGGCAAUGGCACUAUGCCGGGUCGUAUGCUGUAUAUGCUCCUUGAUAUCGAGGAUUACUACUUUAACGAGAAUAAGGUGGAAGGUUACAUGGGCGCUUUGGCUAAGGAGCAUGAGAAUGAGGGCCGGGUGCCAAGCAAGUAG